AUGGAGGGGCUGACGCUGAGCGACGCGGAGCAGAAAUACUACUCGGAUCUGUUCGCCUACUGCGACAUGGACAGCAGCAAGAAGGUGGCGGCCAACGGGCGGGUGCUCGACCUCUUCCGGGCCGCCCAGCUGCCCGGGGACCUGGUGCUGCAGAUUAUGGAACUGUGUGGAGCAACAAGGCUUGGUUAUUUUGGCAGAAGUCAGUUCUAUAUUGCUUUAAAACUUGUAGCUGUGGCCCAGUCUGGUCUCCCUUUAAGAGUGGAAAGCAUAAAUACAGUUAAGGAUCUCCCAUUGCCCAGAUUCGUAGCCUCAAAGAAUGAACAGGAAUCUCGACUCGCGGCCUCCUAUUCCUCGGAUGCUGAUAAUCAAGGCUCCUAUUCUGGUGUAAUUCCUCCCCCACCUGGUAGGGUACAAGUCAAAAAAGGCUCUGUAAGCCAUGAUACAGUCCAACCGCGUACAUCAACAGAUCAACAGGAGUCCACAUCUCCAGUUGUUUCCCCGCAGCAGUCUCCACCAGCGUCUCCUCAUACGUGGAGGAAGCACAACCGCCAUCCCAGCGGAGGAAAUAACGAGCGACCUCUGGCAGGGCCUUUUUGGUCUCCAUUUAGUGAAGCACAACCAGGCUCUUCUACUGGUGAUGCGAUGUGGUCUGGUAAUUCUCCACCUCCUCCUCAAGAAAACUGGGUCAGUUUUGCAGAUACUCCACCAACCAGUACUCUUUUAGCCAUGCAUCCUGCUUCUGUCCAGGACCAGACAACAGUACGAACUGUAGCAUCAGCUACUACUGCCAAUGAAAUUCGUAGGCAAUCCAGUAGUUAUGAUGAUCCCUGGAAAAUUACAGAUGAACAAAGACAGUAUUAUGUAAAUCAGUUUAAAACCAUUCAACCUGAUCUAAACGGCUUUAUUCCAGGGUCUGCAGCUAAAGAGUUUUUUACAAAAUCAAAACUACCUAUUCUUGAGCUUUCUCAUAUUUGGGAACUUUCAGAUUUUGAUAAAGACGGCGCGUUGACACUGGAUGAGUUCUGUGCUGCCUUUCAUCUGGUCGUUGCUAGGAAGAAUGGCUAUGAUUUGCCUGACAAACUCCCUGAAAGCUUAAUGCCCAAACUGAUUGAUUUGGAAGACUCAACAGACGUUGGCGAUCAGUCAGGUGAGGUAGGUUUUUCAGGCUCUCCAGCAGAAGCACCUCCAAGCAAGUCACCAUCAAUGCCAUCGCUCAACCAAACCUGGCCGGAACUGAAUCAGGGCAGUGAGCAGUGGGAGACAUUUAGCGAACGCUCUUCAAGCUCACAAACUCUGACCCAAUUUGAUUCUAACAUUGCACCAGCUGAUCCUGAUACUGCUAUUGUUCACCCAGUUCCCAUCCGAAUGACUCCAAGCAAAAUCCAUAUGCAGGAAAUGGAACUGAAAAGAACAGGAAGUGAUCAUACUAAUCCAACAAGCCCCUUACUCGUGAAACCACCUGACCUUACAGAAGAAAAUAAGAUGAGUUCAUCAUUGAAAUUUGUACCUGGAAAUACAGUUGCAGAUGGCUAUAGCAGUUCAGACUCUUUUGCUUCUGAUCCAGAACAGAUCGGGAACACUGUAACUCGUCAGCGGUCCCAUUCAGGAACAUCUCCAGACAGCGCUGCACCACCACCACCACCCCCGAGGUCUCAUCCCAAUCAUUCUAGAUCAUCCUCAUUAGAUAUGAACAGGACCUUUACAGUUACGACAGGACAGCAACAGACUGGAGUUGUUGCCUAUCCACCUGCAGUGCCUCCAAGACCACAGCCAUCACAGGCUGCGGGGCCUCAUGUGCAUCGCCCAGUGGAUGCUGAAGGCCUAAUAGCCCAUACCAGUACCUCGCCUCAACAGAUCCCAGAACAACCAAAUUUUGCAGAUUUCAGCCAAUUUGAGGUAUUUGCUGCAUCAGGAGUAAAUGAAGAACAAGAAGAUGAAGCUGAGCAACACUCUGAGGUCUUGCAGGUGGAAAAGUCAUCUGAUCCCACAAGUUCUCUUAGAGUUGCCAAAACAGAUGGAAGAGGUGAAGAUAAGACAGUCGCUAGUGCUCCUGCUUCGGUGGGCAAAGGCACGACACCUCUUGCUCCACCUCCGAAGCCUGUGCGUCGAAGAUUAAAAUCAGAGGACGAACUAAGACCAGAGGUCGAUGAGCAUGCACAGAAGACAGGUGUAUUGGCUGCUGUCCUCGCUUCCCAGCCUUCCAUUCCUAGGUCAGUUGGGAAAGACAAGAAAGCUAUUCAAGCAUCAAUUAGGCGCAAUAAGGAAACCAACACAGUUUUGGCAAGAUUGAAUAGUGAAUUGCAGCAACAAUUAAAGGAUGUUCUUGAAGAGAGAAUCUCCCUGGAAGUUCAGCUGGAACAACUUCGGCCUUUCUCUCACCUAUAAGCCAACUGCCGUAAACUGUGAACGUAUUUGUUUUUAAAGGGGCGGGGGAGGGCGGGGGGAGGGGCCCAAAGCCAAUUUGAGGACCCAGACAUUCAGCCCAAUGCACUCAGCAGUU